UAUCUAAUCAAUGCCACCGGAUACUACUGCGUGGAUGCAGCCAGCACCCACGACUUCACGGCCCGCGCCGACUGGACCAAUGCCCACGGGCAGCUGCCGGCGGGCGAAUACCCGAAGGUGCAUGUGUAUGCGGUGCUGAUGGGCGCGUAUAUUCUGAUUGCCUUGGUGUGGGCGUUUAUGUCGUGGCGCGUGUGGAGCGAAGUUUUGCCAGUGCAGAACCGGCUGUUUGCACUGGUGUGUCUGAUGGCGGUGGAUAUGGGCCUGAACUUUGGCUUCUGGCAGCACUACAAUGCCCAUGGGGCGCCGUCGCUGGCGUACUCGGUCGCGCUGGUGGUGGUGGAUGCGGGCCGCAACAGCCUGUCGUUCUUCAUGCUGCUGGUGGUAGCGCUGGGGUGGGGGGUGGUGCGGCCGUCGCUGGGCAAGGCUAUGAUCCGGUGCACCCUGCUGGCUGGCGCCCACUUUGGCGCCGGGUGUCUGUACGGAGCCGGGAUUGUGUUCCGUGACCCGCACGACGCGGGUCCACUGGGGCUGGUGUAUGUGGUGCCGCUGUCAUUCACCAUGACUCUGUUCUACGUGUGGACGCUGAGCGCAAUCAUCGCCACCACGCAUAUGCUGAUCGACCGCCAGCAGUCAUACAAGCUGGCCAUGUACAACCGGCUGUGGCGGCUGCUGAUGCUGUCGCUGAUUCUGCUGUUUGUGUACUUCGUGUUGAACGUCAUGUAUACCGUGUUUUAUUCGCGCCCGGAGCUGGCUGACCGCACAUGGAAGUGGCGGUGGUUCUGGACUGACGGCUGGCUCAACCUCGAGUACUUCGCCGUGCUGGCCACCAUUCUGUUCUGGUGGCGCCCCACCACCCAAAACUACCGCUUUGGCCUCGAGGAGCUGGCGGGCGACGAGGAAGAGGCUAUGCAGCGCGACCAG